GUGACGUUGCUGGAUAAACAAACGGAUGAGAAGCGGCUCGGACACAGGCGGAGAAGCAACCUGCUCCUUGGCUUUUCUUUUUAUAGUAUUUCUUAUAAUGCAGUCUUCCAAGAGGAGCGAGAGUGACUGGCAGGGGCUUGUUAGCGAGUUCCUGAUUUGCAAGCGCAAGCUGGAGAGCAAGAAAGAGGCCCUCCUCAUUCUGUCCAAGGAGCUGGACACCUGUCAGCAGGAAAGAGACCAGUACAAGCUGAUGGCCAACCAGCUGAGGGAGCGCCACCAGGGACUCAAGAAAAAGUACAGAGAACUUAUUGAUGGAGACACAUCUUUACCUCCAGAAAAACGCAAUCAGGUGAACCUGGCUCAGCUGCUCAGAGACUCGAGGGAUCGGGCGAAAAAGCUCUCAGAGGAGGUGAAGGAGCUGACACAGAGGCUGACAGAGGCCCAGGGGGAUAACAAGCUCCUUAGAAUGACCAUUACUCGACAGAGGCUGGGGGAUGAGGAGGUGGGAGCACGCCAUUUCCCCGCCCAUGAGCGUGAGGAUCUCGUCCGCCAGCUUGAGAGAGCAGGGCUACAGAUGGAGGAGAUGGAGCACAAUAUGAAGGCUCUGACAGAUGAGCUGCAAGACGUGAAGGCGGAGCGUAACGUGUUCAGAGAGAAAGCGUACAGAGUCAACGUUGAGCUCAACCACAUCUUGGGAAACCACGAGGCACGCAUCAUCGACAUAGACGCUCUCUGUAUGGAGAACAGGUAUCUGCAUGACCGCUACAACCAGCUACAAGAGGAGGUGAACCUGCUGAAAUCAAACAUCAUGAAGUACAAGACAGCUCUUGAAAGGAGAAAAAACUCCAGCACAUAUGGGAAAUCAAACAGCAGCCCUCUCACUGGAGUCCUCUCCGCCAAACAAGUCCAGGAGAUGCUUCUGGAAGAGCAGGGCUGCAGUCUGCCAGCCACCCCUCAGUCCAUCGCUGACCUCAAGUCUCUGGCUACAGCUCUGCUGGAGACCAUCCAUGAGAAGAACCUGGUCAUCCAGCACCAGAGGCACACCAACAGGAUCCUGGGAAACAGAGUUGCAGAUUUGGAAAGGAAGCUGAAGACCUUGGAGGUUUCAGGGCUGUGGAGUCUUCCAGGCUUGACCUACCGCAUAUCCGUGGGAAUUGGGAGGACGCGGGAAAACAUCACACUGAACGACAACCUUCAACCGGAGCUUCAUCCAACUCAUGUCACGUCUCAGCCCACAGUGCAGCCACCCAAAGUUGUGUCAGACGACAGAAGUUCCCAUGAAUCAUUGUGGGGAUGCCACACCGCUGGCAGCGACCUUGGCACAGAUGGCGUCAGCGGGGAAGACUCACCUGCUCUCCUCAACAGCCUGGCGCCCCUUGUGGGCGUGGAGACGAAUGGGAUCGACAGCAGGGUCGGAGAAAUCGUGACCCUGACUGACGACGGAGACACCUCGGAGCUGGAGGACGGGCGGAGUCCAGUGGAGGAGGCGGGGCAUGAGGUGGAGGGAGUCGAAGAUGAAGAACUGGGCUCUACAGUGGAGGAAGGAGAGGAGGCAGCUUUGGCCUUGGGCAUCCCGAACACGCAAUCAGACCUUCCAUGGCUUCAAAUUAAGAAAGGCUCAGUUGAUCAUACAGAGGUGGGUCGACAGCAGUACGGGGACAAUAAUGCAUCUGAAACAUCUUUAUCAGCACCAGAGAGCCUGACCACAGAGGUGUCAAGUAAAGGGGAGUGGGACGUUCACUGUCAAGCUGCAUUGUGACACCUGUUAUCGUGACCACUUUGCAUGAUCUCCCAUCACUGAAAGACACUCUAAUCCUUCUCCAGGUCGUUUAUUUGUUUGAUAAUUGCGUACAUCAUCCUUGUUGCAUUCUCUAGAUAGCUGCAGCUGCUUGGUCAGUAACACAGAAAAAACACCAUUUCAGCCACUUGUAACAGAACCAGGGGUCCUUUUUUGUUGUACCCAGACAGGCUUUUUUCUGCAACAGCCAACCAAUCUUAAAAUCAAUUGAGUUGCAAACUUCCCACCCUGAAGGUAAAAUUUAGCUUGUAAAAUGGCAACUUCAGUUUCCUCUCCCUUGUGGUAAGAUAAUCCCAACUGUUUGCUCUCUUCUUCCUGAGGGACACCAAUAAACUCAGUGUUGCAUUUUGAUAUAACUCCCAAAGGAGGUUCAAUUCAGUUUACCAAAACUUGUAGUGAAUGUGUUGCACAAGCUUGUGUAUUAUAUUGAUCUCUCUUUAUCUGUAUGGGUAUAGUUAUUACUCAGAUCCUCUUCUUCUUUUUUUGGAACCCCAUUCAGAAAAUGUUUGAAUGAGAUUAAAUGUGCCUUACAUGUGGAAGUAUAAACUGAUAUUUAUGAAUAUAAAACAUACCUGCAAUAUGA